UGCGUGCUGCGUGCGUCUCUCUUGUGACGCCCAGACGCGACUAAAUAACGGGAUUUUCUGAUACGGGCAGCAUUAUCAGUGGGUGUUGUCAGUGAGAAACACCCUGCGGCCUACACUGCCUUCAGUCGUCGAUUCGAGGUACGAAAAUGGUCGUGCCUAAUUUGCCUGCGAUCGGAGCUGUGGUUCUCCCUAAUGUUGGAGGGUGGGUUAGUAGCUACUACAACCGUGAAAGCAUCAAGACAUGGUAUGAGACCUUGAAACGCCCAGAUUGGCGCCCUCCUAACAAAGCUUUUGCACCAGUCUGGACCAGCCUGUACUGCGGAAUGGGAUAUGCUUCUUACCUAGUUUGGAAGCAUGGGGACGGCUUUGGUGGAAUCGCAAAAGGACCAUUGAUACUGUACUCAACUCAGCUGGCUCUCAACUGGGCCUGGUCCCCUAUAUUUUUUGGAGCGCAUGACUUGAAAUGGAGUCUUGUUGAGAUUGCUGUCUUGGAUGUGAAUGUUGCCUUGUGUGCAGUUGCCUUUUACAAUGUACACAAGCCUGCAGGCCUUCUCUUGCUACCAUACUUGGCUUGGCUAGGAGUUGCUACUGCUCUCAAUUAUGUGAUAUACAGAGAUAACAAAUCGAUAACUGAGAAAGAAGAAACUAAAAGCAAGUGAUCGUCAACUUUAACUUUGUUAAUGAAAGUAGUUUUUCUUUACAUUUUCCUUACAGUUGCCACCACUACAUUAGUGCAUUUAAUAACAACUGUUUUGGCUUCUUCUUUCUCUUAUUGCAGUAAUUGUGUUAAAUGUUAGUCACAUAUUUUUUGUACCUUAAUUAGGCUGUAAACUGUCUGGACCCUCGAUAACUUCAUUCAUGUGUAUUAACAAUUCACAUUGAAUUUUUGCUCUUAUCAUAGGUAAUGAACAGUUCUCUGUUUGUUACUGACCACUGUUGUACUAUGGCUAUAUAAUUAUAACUUCAACUGAUUGUUUCA